CUCAUCGCGUAAUUACUUUCUCACAAUCAAGGUCCCGUUUAGAAUUCAGGAGAGCCAUUGUAACUUCAGAUUCAAUUGUUAUAUCAGGGAACUAGAGAAAUUGCUAUCUGAUUCUACAAAUUUAUUAGGGUUAUUCUAUGAAUCUCACGACCAGGAAAUACUCUCUGAUCGAUUGGAGAGGAAGUCAGAACAUAGGCCGUCAUCAUGGAAUUAGCUGAUAGAGCAGUUGGCUUUGUAUUAUCCUUUAUCAGCAUAACUAUAUUCACUUAUUAUACUUUCUGGGUCAUUAUCCUGCCAUUUGUAGAUAGCAAUCACUUCAUCCACAAGUAUUUCCUGCCCCAGGAGUAUGCUAUCCUAAUACCUGUGACUGCUGGUGUGGCGCUUCUGUGCUUCAUAAGCAUAUUCAUAGGAUAUGUGAUGCUUAAAUCCAAAAAGAAGAAAGCUUAAUCUUCAUUAUCAUUUUUUUCGCAAUCGCUCUUGCAUUUUUGGGGGGUUUCUUUCUCCCUAUGUAAUAUUUUGAUUGGAAACUGGAAAGUGUUUUCAAAUUUUGGAGCAAAGACAUGACCUGGUCUCCUUGGUUUUAGCUCCGGGUACUUUGACCAAGGUGUUUAUCUUUAUUUGCUCUUUAUUUUGGUGAGCCCCUUUUUUUGGACAAAAGGAAAACUGGGUCCCUUGAGCCCCUACAUCCACAAA